AUGGCUGACUCCUCGACAUCACCAAUAUCGCAACCUUCAGUGAUGAAUGUCGAUCAACUAAAUGCGCAACCAUUGCCAAGGCAACCCCAGCCGCCAUACUAUUCAACACAGUCACAAUUACCCGCGCCGCCAACGAUGGCAGAAGUUCAACCGCCGCCCCCAGGAUUGUCACCACGUCCCAUAGAUUUUAGUACCCAGCAAAGUUACGAUCUGACACCUCCUCCACAGUACCGAACGCCUGCUCCCUCAAUGACACAAGCCAUUGGACCCGUAAAGGAAGGAUCUGCUCCUACCAAAACUGACAUAACAUCACUACCACCAAUCCCUUCUCAAGUCACUAUACCUAAAAAGCCUCCACAAAUGAAAAAAUCAACACAACCUCUUCAUUUACUUCUUUUGGAAUGCUGUAAAGAGUAUAUCACUGGAAAUCUGGCGACAAAAUCUGAAGAAGAUAUUAAAGAGUUGUUAAACGAUCGAAAGAAAUUACAUGCUGAUUUACAACUCUAUUGUACCGAUGUUGUUCUAACAUCAGCAAGGGAUCGAAUUUUGAACGAAUUAGAUGAAAGAGGAAAAGAAGCUUUGAAAGAUAUUAGUCCUGAUUCGGAGAUAAUAAAAUUAAGAUUUGAAGAAGCUGCUGCAUUACAUAAAAACUUUACUGAUGCUGUUGAAGAACUUAAAUUGAAGAGUACCGGCCCAGAUGAAGUUAUGCAAGAUACCCCUUCUACUGAGGAUAGUGAUGCUAAUAAACCAUCUGAACCUCUUGCCCAAGUUUUUCGUCUGUGGGAACAGAUCAAUAAAAACGAUGUCAUGGAUAAUCUCCAUGCAGCACACAUGGACCAAUCUCGUAAUAGAGGUAGAGGUCAAAAUCGUGGAGGUUACUGGCAACAACGAGGUGCACCAAGGCAUGCUCCUUAUCAAAAUCAAGCUCAGGGCCAACGUCGACGUGACUGGGGCGCACGUGAUGACCGGGAUUAUAGAGAACGUCGUGGAGAUGAGCAUUAUAAUAGAGAUCGUCGUGAUGAAUAUCCCCGUAGGGAUUAUGAUCGUAGACAAGAUUUUCGUGGUCCUCCUACCCCUUCUCCAACUUUUAAUCGUGAAAGACCGCAAAUGGGUAGACGUGAUGAUUCGUAUCAUCGAAAUUACGAUGAUAGAAGAAGAGAUUCAUAUGAUAGGAGGCCUGAUGAUAAUAGGCAUCCUCGAGAUCAUCGAGGUCCACCGCUUCCUUUAACGAUAGGCCCUCCAAAACCUUCACCAUCGAUUUAUGAAGCCCCACCGAUGCCUCCUAUGCCACCUAACGUUCCCAACCCAUCUAUUCAAUCACCACAACAAGGAUAUGACUAUGCCUCUUAUUCAACUGAUCAACAAUAUUCUUCUGUUUAUCCUGGUUAUUUCCCUCAAUAUCCUCAAGAUUCCUCAGCAAAUGGCCAGAGUUAUCAAUACUCUACUGUAUCUACAUCAGCUGGCUGGGAUACGCAAACUAAUCCAUUGCAGUCCGUUCCAAUACAAUUAGCUUCUUUCAAUUGGAAUCAGCCAGGGAGACAUACUGCAAUACCUUUGCCAACUGAUUUUAUGUCUGGUCCUAGCAAUGCGCCUCGACUAUCGAUGCCUGAACCACAUGAUGUACUCGGUGUUAUUAAAGGUGUGAUUAUACGUGAUGCACAAGGCAACAUUGGAUUAAGCCAGUACCAAUUUAGCAGUUCUAUGUGA